GUUGCGCGUCCUGUGCGCCUGACAUGAGCGCGGUGUGCGAGAGUUACCACUCCAGGGAAAAGGUGUUCGUGGACAGCUUCACGUGUCCGAAGGCGGGGGGCGAGUCCACGGCGGUGUUCUGCUGCGGCUUCAGUGACUUGAAGUACUGCUGCGAUGACCCGAACAGCUUCUUCCCCUACGAGUAUGGAUACAUGUGGUGGCUGAGCCUCGGAGCUCUUGUGGGUCUCUCCGUUGCAGCUGUGGUCCUGCUUGCUUUCGUCAUCACUCUGUGCGUCCUCUGCUACCUGUUUGUCACCACCAAACCCAGAGGUCUGGACAGCGGACUGCCCCUUCGAGCACCAGACGCCAUCGUCAGUCAACAAGGAGCCGGAGUCAGCCGCAGCAGCGCCCCUGUUGGCUCACAAGGCCUCAGGAAACACUUUGUAAGAGGCAAGCUGGACUGUGACAACCAGCAGCCAGACCCUGACCGCCUUUUCCAGCGCUGUUUCAUGGCCACUGUCACAUCCAUCAACGUGGAGAACCCGACAUAGGACGACACUUUUUCAAAAUUUCGGAUUGGAGUUAAUGUCUUUUUUCUUCUCUGCCCCUGUAGUUUAAUAUAAGUUGUUGCUUUUAUCUUAUCAACAAAUACAUUAUUAUUAUAUAAUUCAACAGAACAAAAUUGCAAGUGCAAAAACCUUAUUGUGGCUCCCACCAGUGGGAUAUUUAAUAUUUGAGCUUUAAUUUUGUAGCCUUUUAAUUAGUUAACAUUCAAAUAAGUUUCUAUUAUAUCCGUCUUAAUACAAAAAUUCAAAAAGGAAGCUAUAUUGCCCAUAACAAUGAACAAGAAUCAUUGGAAUUCCAAUGUAGACUUAUUCUUGUUUAACAGCUCAGAUUACCAGAACUAGACAGGCAGAUGGAAAGCUGGUUCUCUAACAGGAGAAAAGUCAACGCUUGAUUUUCUGGGAUUGCUGUUUUUAAGCAAUAUAUGAUUUACUUCAUGUCCUUAAUUACUUUUACUUCCAUUUAGAAAAAAACAAUGUGAGAAGUGACGUCUGUUUAAUUUUACACAUUCUGCUCUUGAAAUCCAGAUCCAAUUUGCUGAAAGCUGUCAGUAUUCUUUGAGAUCUGAAUAGAUUUUAUAACCACAGUCCAUUAGCACAUCAUGCUCGUCUUUUCUCUUGUAUCAUUUACACAGGUGCACAUAUUUAGCUCAACAGCACCCACAUCAACACCAUACUAAUGUCGUGUGUGUAUUAUUCUUCUAUUCUUAAGGAUUCAGGAAUAACAGUGUUGUAUAGCCCUGGUAUAAAAGAAGGACAACUUUACAAACUGAAGAUGUCAAGAUUAGGUUUUUGGUCAUAUUAAAAGAGAUUCAAUGUGAGGAAAAUGAGAACUGAAAGCAUAUAUUUUGUGCCUAAUAUCUCUAAAGCCCUAGAAAAAACACAACUUGCAGUUCGUUAGGGCACCUUGGGUUUCAAAAAUACACUCAUAAAGGUUAAGCACACAAAUAGCUUGGUGGAAUGAAAUGAGUGAAACAAUAUUUGUCUAUUGUGAGGAUUAAUAAUAUCAGAUAAAAUAAAUAAUAGGUGGCACCACCUCCACCUUGGACACAGGUGAUGAUGUUACCGUUCUAUCCUUUUCUACACUAUGUUGGCACAGCUGUUGAAACUGUGUGCCACAUUAUCACCAACUUCAAUCCAAGUCUAAGUCAAUUUCUAUACGUUCUCUAGUGGAACAAUUUAUACGGUUCUCUCUCUUAACAAUAUUGGCAGGACUGAUCCUCUUUUGCAUCUUUGCAGGUUGUAUUCACAGCCUGCAAAUCAAACUUUUUGAAGGCAGUCUGACCAGCCCAUUUUUGAUCUUUUUCGAUCUUGAUCGAAAAAAAUCUGUGUAUGUAUUACAUAUAGAGCACAAAUAGAACACAGAUACACUAUGAAAAUCCAUAUUUUUAUGGCAUCUGCAGCCUGAACCGUUAUGUUUUUAAUCCCACUUUUACGUCAUUAACAUGAGACAUUCUGAAGAAGCCAGAUGCUGUAAAUUUGGACCUUAGCAAUGUUUAAUGUUUAAUGUAUGUGUAUCAAGUUUCUGCGUUAGUCAGUCAAACUUUUAUUUCAAAACAGAAAGUAACUAAAGUAUUCAGUUUUACUAGACAUGUAGUUUAAUGAUAUGUGGUAAAGACCCCCCUUAUGUGUUUUUGUUAAAUGUUAAGCAUUUGUUACACUCUCAGCUCAGUCUAAGUGCCAGCCAAGCAGACCAUUUUUUAUUCUGCUGAUAUUAAAGUGGUUGCUGAAAAGUGAAGGAAAAAUAUGAAGCAAACAUUCCAUUGCCAAUUCUUAGAAGCAUCACCAAUCCUGCUGAAAAGUUCUGCUGAGAAAACCCAUUUACACACUAAUCAAAUUAGAAACCAGUUAAAAUAGAACCUGGAAAGCUCACAAUGUUCACUUGCAGAAAAAAACCCACAAAGUAUUUAAAGAAUUAAGUUUUAUUUAAGCUUUAGCUGUCCCAGUUCUAAAUGUGGACAUAAUCAGAAUUGGACAUAUGAGUAUCAUUUGAGUGUCUUCACUGCUCAUGGGCAUUUCACCAAGGAUAUUAGAAAAUAUGGUAAGCAAAAUACAGCAAACUGAUUGAAUCUGGGCCUUCAAAAAUGAACACACUACAGAUAAAUUGAGCAACACAAAAUUACGGGAAUUUGAUUCUUUUCAACUGGCUGUUUUCCCAAACGUUACCAGUUCACAUCAUUCAGACAAAUGGUACUCUUCUUUAUAGAUAGGCCGAUAGCAGUUAAGAUUGAACUCACGCUGAGGAAAAUGUAAAUAUUAAUAUUAUGGCUGCUAAAUAUUUAUCUGUGUGGCGUCUUGUUGUAUAAGCUUAUCACUGUUGCUCUUGUUCAGAUAGGAGAAUGUUUUUCGCGCCUUUUUAAACCUGAAUGUAUAUUCACAUUGUAGUUUUUGGCUGUUGAAUCAAGCAUAGAAAACUACUCACCAAUAGAAGAAUAUGGUGGAAUGAAGAUAAGUGCCUCAAUGUAUUCUCUACAUCUCUUUGCUGAGGAUGCACAUGGUUUUCAAACAGAAAUUUGGUUCGUUGUUGUUGGCUUUUUGACCAAAGAACGUCAGGCGUCUAUUCAGAUCUCAGGAACUUGCGUCAAUACCUAAAAACGAGCAGAAAAUGUCUCCUGAACUUUGGCGAUUGUCUGUUUUUAAGCUUGUCUGCUCAUAAGCAAACAAGCUAGUACUGCUUUGUGAGCCUCCAACCAUAUUGUUAGCAUUUGGCUCAAAGGAAAACUGCACCUAUAAACAGAAAUAGUACAAAUCACUUCCAAAUUAGUUUUUGUCUUUUGAACAAACAUUUUAAGUAGUAAUUAUUACAAUUUCAUUAGCAAAUAAGUUCUGUUUCAUGUAGCACUUUAUAGCACCAUUUAGUUCCUUUGUGUUACCAUUCUGCUCCUUUCUAUUUUGAUUUCAUUUUUAACAGACAAUUUUGGACCCACAUCCUAAAAACAAAAAUACACAAAUCUCACAUACUCUGUAUUAAACAUUUUUUCCAUUCAUUUUGGUUCUGACUCACAGAACCAAUAUCAUCUGAUAUAAGACAUUCAGAACUCUGGGCAACCUCAAAGAACCACAUUUCCUCCCAGAAUACUAUGACUAGAAUAUAAAACGCUACCUAAAUAACUUUUUGCCAAAUAGCAGACAGGAAAUGUUCCAUCAGUGGGUACAAACUGAUGGUUUGUCCUUCAGUAACUUCAACCUUUCACACAAACAUGGGUCAUGAAACGUGUCUCUGUAAUUUGGAUCCUUUUUGCCAAAUGAGUUAAAAUAGUGACUGUGAAAGCACUCAAGGGCCACCAAAAUUCAAACCGUAAAUGUAGUCCUUUCAGGCAUUUUUUGGUGACACUUUAUUUGAAGGGGUGUGCAUGAGACUGACAUGACACUGGCAUAAAUAUGACUGUUAUGAACAUUGAGUCUUUAUGAAUGUUUGUUACCAAUGUUUUUUUUGUUUUUCAUUUGUUUUAUUUCAGGCAUCAUGUUUUUUAAGCUUUAAAUUUGGGCCUUGAUAUUGAUAUUGAUCAGUGGAGCAGUUGGUAGAGCUGUUGCCUUGCAGCCCAGAUUCCCGGCCCAGAGUCUUUCUGCAUGGAGUUUGCAUGUUCUCUCUGUAUCUGGAGAGAACAGGAGUACUCAGUUCUCACCGGGUACUCCAGCUUCCUCCCACAGUCCAAAAACAUGACUGUCAGGUCAGGUAAAUUGGUCUCUCCAAAUUCUCUUGCUAUCAUGUGAGUGUGUGUGUGUGACGGUUGUUUGUCCCGUCUGUCUCUGUGUUGCCCUGCAACAGACUGGCAACCUGUUCAGGGUGUACCCCGCCUCUCGCUUGGAACGUUAGCUUGAGAUAAGCACCAGCACCCCUCUUGACCCCACUGGGGACCAGGGUGUUAGAACAUGGAUGGAUAUUGAUCAGUAAAUGCAAAAAUUAAGACUCUACAAUCCAGCUUUUAUUACUACUGUAAGGUGUUUAAAUGAACCACACAAUGCACCACGCUGCCACAUUGUGUGGUGCCACACUGUGGCAGAGAUCGGAGCUCAGCUGGUUUAUCCUUGUUGUCCCGUUGUGUUGUGCAGUCAGAGAGAAACUAAUCUUGUGACACAUGGAUUCACCCGUUUUCCACUCCCAUAUGAUUGCUGUGAAAAGGAUCUGGGUGAAUUUCAGAGCCAGCUGUCAAUCUGAUUCUCUCGUCUUGGAACAACUCAACAAACGCAGCUUUUAAGAACGUUCAUGAAUGUAAACAUCUUUCAAGAUAGUUAAUGUUUACACAAAUGUUUAUGUUUAUUAAUGUACUGAAUAUUUGCUACUGUAUCUCUUGCUUUUAUGUGUGUAUUUUCCAUUCU